AUGGCGAACAAUGCAACCACUUUCAAGGCUUUGGAGGCUGUGCACAGUAUCAAUCCAUCGCUCUUUUUGAGUGCUCGGAAAGAAGAACUUUUUACUUUACAACGAGAAAUAUCAACAUCAUCAUCCAAUGCUAGAGUAUUCCAGAGAUUACCAAGACAUUUAAGAAGGAGAGCCAUGUCAAAGGUUCCUCAUCUUCUUCCGAGACAUUUACGAAAUGCUGCAAUUAGAGAAAUGAAUCUUCCAAAACGGGUUCGACAAAGAAAGAGAAGGAAAGAUAUGAAACGAAAACAACAAAGAAAAGAUUUUGUAGUGAAUGUGAAACAGUUACCUGCUUUAAAUGGAGAAGCCAAUACUAAAGCUUUUCGAUUAUCUACACAUAUAUUUCAUGCCAAGCGAAUGAAAAUGGAGGAUAAAUGGGGAAUGAGACUUCCUGUGAAGCAUAUUACAGAUAAAAUAUUUAGAAAUGGAUAUAGAUAUAUUCGACGACAUUGCACAAUUCAUGAGAGGAGUUAUAUGGUGUGCUUACAAGUUGAUUUUAACACAGCUGGAAAUGUGGAAAAAUUGCUAAAAUCUAUGAUGAAUAUUCACAUCGAUUCAUCGUUAUUGUUCCAUAAUGAUUAUCUCGUUGGAAAGAGAGAAGGAUCUUUUGAGUGGAAAGAUAAGCACAAUUUUACAAUUUCCACUGUGGAAUUUUUAGUACGGCCAAAAACUGUGACAUUCAAUGGCGCUUCAGAGGAAUCAAUUAUGAUUUGGAUACACCCUUCAUCGCUUCCAGAAGGCUAUCGACAUUUAGAACAACUGGUAAAAGAUUUAAACGGAGAUAUUUAUCACAGAAACGAUUUAUCUAGGUUUGAAGUUAGAGGCCCAUUAACAAUGAAAGUCAUAUCAAACGUAGUCAGGAUACACAUUGAAGAUACCAUCAAUGAAUUGAAAGCCACUAAAUCAGAAAGUCAUGUUAAAACAAUUUCAAAAGAAUGGGAGAGAAUGAAAACAGAUAUUCAAAUGGCUACUUCUUUGCCAGUAGAUAUGGUCCUUAGUUUCAUGGCUAAACAUCCAAUUUAUACUUCUUCGUUUAACACUACUUUUGAGGAUUUUAAGAAAGAAUCACAGCUAAUUGCAACUGCUAUUGCACCAUCGUUAUCAUAUACAUCUUCGCAAUCAUCCAGUAAGGACAAUGCUAAAUCUCUCAAUAGCUUGCAAAAGAAGUCCAUGGUAUAUGUGCCAGAUCGUAUGAAUGAUAUUGCAUUAAUUUGGAAUCAAAAAGAAUGUAAAGCCAGAUAUCAAUUUCCAUAUCUAAAAAGAAAUAAGAGAACAAGCAAAAAGUUCAAUCCACUACAAAGCGCAGAAGGACCAAGGUCGUACCCAAUUCUUCUCAUUCAAAAACCAUCAUCACUCAACAAUGGAAGUUCUAUGGGAGGAGGAUUUGAUAUCAUAUUACCCACUGUUGAUGUCUCUGCUCAUGUAUGGUUCAAGCUCAGUGAACAAAAAAACACCAUGGCACUUCCAAUAUUUGACAGAGACAGGCUUCUCCUAGAGCAAGGCAAGCGAGUAUUUCCAAACGACUAUCCUUCAAGCCAAGCAUUUCAAAGAGACGUUGUAGCCCAGAACGAACACUUGGAGGACUUUAUUCAACAGCUGAGUUGCCCUUUAUCUUCGUAUAGACCUGUACAGCUUUUUGGAAUUUGGGGAGGAAGUUUGGAACCUUAUGACAUGAUUUUUGUACCUACCAAUCAACAACAAAUUAUAGCCUUAACAAAACUUGCAAAACCUAGCAAGGACAACAAGGAGCUUGAAGCAAAAAUGCAUGCCAUUCCCAAGUCAAUGAUCGAAGCAAAAUGCAUUGGAUUUGUGACCUCUGCAAACUAUUCUCUCUUGCGAGGAAAGAAGUACGGUAUUGGAUUUAUUACGCUUGAGUCGAGCCAGCAGCUUCCAUCAAUUCCAGGGCACUCACAAAACAUUGUCCUUAUCAAGAGGAAAGACGAGUCCAACGAGUUUUAUUAUCCUUUCCAAUGCUUAUAUAAAGUUCAGAAAUAA